GUAAUUUAUCGAGCAUACUACAAACUCUUAUCGUAACUCUUCGAAGGUAUCAAUUUUCGCCACAAUUUAUACCCUGCAUACAAGAGCAACCAUCCUCCUACACCUGACACGACAGUUCAGGGACUGCAAUAUCUGAAUGCAUCCCUCAAAGCCAUGUCUGUUGAAGUCAUCGAGACACCUGGAGUAGAAGCAGACGAUGUGAUCGGAACGUUAGCCAAAAAUGAAAAAAAAGUGUUGCUGAAGGGUUCAAGCUAAGUAGCUGACUAUGAAAUAUCAAAAGUGCAAGGGCAUCAUUGACUUUACUGUUAGGAAGUGGAGCAUACCAGUCAGUGUGAAACAAUUUCAAAAUUUUGCCAGUGAAAGAUAAUGAUGGAUGGUUUCAUCAUCCAUCUUUUCGUAUAAUACAAUGUGUAAAGUGACCCCCUGAAAUAGUACACAGCCAGCCGCAGAAUAAUUGGUAUAAAAAGAUGGGUGGUAUCCGAUGUGUUAUCCUACAUGUCUUUUAGCUUAUAUUCAGCACAUGCAGUCCAUGCUUUUACUCUGUUAUUUAUUCUUUCAUAUGUUGGUACAUAUGCCGUAGUGAUGUCCAGCACUCGCCUCGCCAAUUCUGUAGUUUAGUUUAAAACGAGUCCAUCAUUCUGUUAUUUCCUAUUUUGUAUGAAAAUUCAUGCUUCGUCUCAAUAUGAGUAUUCUCUGCCUCAAUGUUGUUUAUAUCCUCUGACAUUUAAUGCUUUCCUUCUGCCAGGUGCGAGUGGUUUCUCCAUAUAGAGACUUCUUCCAAAUUAUAUCUCAUUCAUUGCGUCUUCUACACCUUGUACCACGGGAAUGGGCUCUUUUUGUGAUGAAGGAUUUUGCUGAACAAUAUCUGUCACUGAAACCUUCUCAGUCUGUUGAUAUGAUCUCUCUCGUGGGUGACAAGGCAGCUAAUAUUCCAGCAGUAGAUGGUAUAGGUGACGUCCAUGCUUUGCAACUAAUCAAUAGAUUUGGGACACUGGAAAAUCUGCUGCAAUGCGUUGAUCAAGUUGCCGAGGAACGGAUAAAAAAGGACCUGAUAACACAUGCUGAUCAGGCUGUACUAAGCAAGGAAUUGGCCAUUCUACGAUGUGAUCUUCCAGACUACAUGUUCAACGAAGACCUGGAGUUUAGGAGACCAGCGGACAACGGGAAGAAAUUUACUAGCCUUCUGAAUGCGAUCAGUGCUUAUGCCAAAGGAUUAUCAGCUGAUCCAGUCAUUAGAAGAGCUUCGUACCUCUGGAAGAGGCUUGAUUCUAUGUGACCUCUGCUUCACAGCAGCCCCAAAUGUGUAUACACCAAACUCCCCAAGAUAUUUCAGUGACUAUGAAAUGUUUUAGCGCACCAUUAUGAGUACCAAGCUGCAAAGUUUGCAGGAGAUGUAGUACCAAGACAAAGCGGCACAUAGUUAGUAUAGAUAGAUGUCAAAUCAUUGGAUAGAUGGAUAUGAUUGUUACGAGGGAGGGUAAGUC